AUGGCCCGACCAUGUCGAUGCGCUCCGCGGCUCUUCUUCUAUUUGCUUCUGCCGGUCGCCGUGGUUUUGCUCUGGACUUCUUGGGUCCUGUGGACGGCAGACCACGGAACGCCCAGCGCCACCGCGAGCGCCGCCGACGGUCCCGCGCCGCGCGGUGUUCCACCCGCGCGGUGGGGCGGGGCGUCACGGCGGUCCGUGGCGUUCUGGGUGACAGCGAUGGAACGCGGAGAGAUUGACUUGGUGUUGAAUCUGGGGCUGGAGUUGCAGAGCUUGGGCUACGAGGUCCACGUGGAGAGCGCCGAGGACUUCCCCGAGCUGGACGCACUGAAGGAGUUCUUGCCGUGUCGCCUCAACGGCCAGUUGAAGACGCUCCUGGACGACGGACGCUCCGGCGACGGUCCGAGCCUCUUUCCGAGCCUUGGGACCGAGGGCUCGAGCCGCUGGAUCCUUUGCUUUUCGAGCCGCUGGAGCCGUUUCUUCGCGACGCCGAGCUUUCGCUCGUCCGGUGUGCGAUGGAUGUGGUACGUCUACCAGGCGCCCGCGGUGCGGUGCGUCCAGGACAGGGGGCAGAAGCAAGACAUGGGAGCGGCCAUGGCCAACGCCGACAAGGUGCUUUUUCUGCGCGAGGCGGACCGAGAGGUUUGGUCGCGUCGGGCCCCGGUCGCCCCGCGCGGACGCGGAGCGACCGGUCGUGUCACCACCUUCCGAGCGUUCCUGCGCAGUGUGGAUUUGCCUAGAUCAAGCCGCGAGGACGUGCGCCAGCAGAUGGGCCUGAAGCAGGACUUCGUGAGCCUCACUUGCGCAAAGCGGCAGACUUUUGGGGCCCACGACAACGAAGGCAUCCCGAACAAGCCAAUGAUGACCAUCAUGGCAGCGGAGUCUUGCUCAACACAGCUGGAUGUCGAUACGGCUGGGCGCUUGGCAGCCAUUUUGCAGGAGAAGUUUGCGUCGUCCUGGCUGGUGGCCAUUUUUGGAGCUAACCCAGACCAGCAUGGCACCAAGAUACAUGAGAACAUUCUACUCUUGACAGACUACGCGGAACUGCUGAAGUACUUGUCGGCUGCCGACGUGCAUGUCUCCUUCGCCGCUUGGGCCCAGCGCGACGUGCUCCUCGCCAAGGCGCUUGACGUCCCGGUCUUCUCCGACGCCCGCGACGACCUGGCCGCGGCCGCGCCUUCGGUGGAUUUCUUCGCCUUGGACGACACCACCUGGCCCUCGCUGCUGAGCGCCUUGGCCGAGCACGACCCGGCGCUCUCCCACCGCGCAGCCGUGGGCCGCGCGGGCGGGCAGCUGGCGCGCAGCCGUGGCUUCUUUGGGGAGCUGGUGCGAACCAGGGUCCAGCAGCUCGUGGACUUCCUGGAGGAGAGCGAUCCCGAUCCCGAUCGGGAAGAGUCUGGACGCCUUCGCGUGGGCGUCUUGGCGCAGCUGCACGAUCCAAGUCGCUGGGAUCAGUUGUGGCCAUGCAUCCGCGCGGUGUUGGAAGCAGCUGGGAAGAAGACAGUCAAUGUGCUCCUGACCACAACACAGCCACUGGAAGCAUUGAAGGAACCGCUGGCCCAAGUGAGAGCGAACACCUCGGGCGCAGCUGCCUUUGCAUCUCUUCGUUGGAGCGUCCUUUCGCGGGCAGAGAACCGCGGCGCGGACAUCGGAAUCUUUUUACAGCAACUGCUUUUAGCUCGUGAGCUCUCCUUGGAGAGUGAUGUGAUCUUCAAACUGCACACGAAGAAGAGAAAAGCCUGGCGGGAUCUCAUGAUCGAACCUCUGUGCGGAAGCGUCCAGGUGGUUCAAUCGAUCCUCCAGCAGUUCGAGAGCGACCGGAUGCUGGGGAUGAUGGGGCCCACGAAUUUGACCUGGAGAAAGGAGGGGCCAACGGAGCACGUCGCCUUCGACUUAGCGAAGUUUGGCUUUGACCCAGAUGCUCUCAGAGAAAUGAACUUUGCGAACGGGCUUCCCUUGCCCCGGUGCUUCGUUGGGGAUCCGAUCCGGGAGGACACCAUGGGUCCAUACCACACGGGCUGCCAUGCGAGUGGAUGUUCCGCCGCCCUGGGCUUGGAGCGCCUGAUUCCCACCCUCGUGGCCCUGGAGCGCCGCGUCGCCGCCGCGCCGGCGGUGCCGGCGGUGUGGGCGUCGUUGGCCUCGCCGCCCGCGGCCGCGCGGCGGUCGAAGAGGAAAGGUGACGACCCGGGCCAUCGAUGUUUGGGCCCCAACGACCCGGAGAAAUCGGCAUGUGAACUGCGUGUCAAGAACACCUUUCUGGACUUUCGCGAGCAGGACGCUGUGAUGGGUGAACGGGUGAAGCUUCGAGGGCAUGCAACUCCAGAUGCUGCCAUAGCUGUCCAGAAGAACAAGAAGCACAAUGCCAAGUGCAAUCCUUGUGUCUAUUUGGCGGGCAGCUAUGGAUGUACCUCACCCGCUUGCCCCUUUUGUCAUCACACCCUCGCCGUCCCGAACCAGCGGCGCGGACGUCCGCGCAAGCGCGAUGCGGCACGCCAUAUGGCGCUGCAAUCUUUGGCAGCUGAGGACCCUUACGUCCGCUUGUUGAUCACGGGACGACUUGAUGCUGAGCCCCUUGGCCGCUGA